AUGAACUUAUCUCUGACGCCAUCAGAGAGGCAUGCGUUUGCACACUUCUACUCCAUCGCAGAGAAGGGAAAUGGGAUCGUAUCUGGGGAAUCAGCAGUGGCGUUCUUCAGCUACUCUGGUCUUGCCCCUUUACAACUGGGCCAAAUCUGGCAACUUUCAGAUAGAAACAACAACGGGUUCCUCGAUCAGCCUGGAUUCAGCGUGGCUUUGAGGCUGAUUGGCCAUGUACAGAACAAUCAGCCUGUUAGCGAUGAUCUCGUUGAUAAGCCUGGGCCUAUUCCUCAAUUCGAUGGUAUUCCUCCUCCGCCUGCAAUCUCAUCACCUGUUUCUUCCCCUAUUGCACACUCAAACCCCUCCAACUCACCUCCUCCAGUUCAAAUCGAUGAAAAAUCUCGCUUUACCAAGAUAUUCGCUGGUUCUGGUCCAACAAACGGUCUCCUCAGCGGCGAUAAGGCAAGAGAUAUCUUCAUAAAGAGCAAACUGCCUUUUGAGGUUCUUGGCCAGAUUUGGAACCUCGCUGACACUCAAAAUCGCGGUUCACUUGAUUUGACUGAUUUCAUUAUUGGUAUGCACUUGAUUCAGUGUUAUAUGAACAAAUCCAUCGCAAGUCUCCCUCAAACACUCCCACAAGGCUUUUACGAGCAGAUUUCUGGGGGUAGAAACUUAUCUUCUCCAAUUCCGAGACAAUCAACUGGCAGCACUCAGCCUGGUUCUCCUCCACCAAGUCGUCAGGUUAGAUUUGCUGCUGUCGGUGACACCGACUCACCUCAGUUACCUACGCAAAAUACUCCAGCAAACACUCCACACACUCCACACACUCCACUCAACACAGAAAUAUCCCCUCAAGAAAAGAGCAACUACGACGGUUUCUACAAAUCCCUCAACCCCUCCGGAAACGGCGUCUUGGAAGCUGACAAAGCUGUCGACUUUUUCAGUAAAUCAGGUCUCCCCAUAGACGUCUUAGCGAAUGUGUGGGAUUUAGCGGAUGUCAGAAAGUCCGGCAGUCUCUCCAAGGACGAAUUUGCAAUUGCUAUGCAUCUCAUCCACCGCUGCCUCGCUGGCAAUCCACUCCCUCCCACCUUACCCGAUUCAUUAAUACCUGCAUCGUCGCGAAUGCCAGGUACUGCUGCUAAUGCUUCUACAACUCCACGCAAACCUACAGACGACCUUUUUGAUCUCAUGGGCGAUGAGUCUGAUUUGCAGCCUCAGCAUAGCGGCGCUCCUCCUCCUCUCUCGACCCAGCCCACAGGCUUGUCUGCUCAGGGUACAGGCUUGUCUGCUCAGGGUACAGGCUUGUCGGCGCAGUCUACUGGUCUUUCUGCGCAGUUUAGCGGUUCGCAGCCAAAUGCAUUGCAACAGGGUGUGACUGGCUGGCAGAAUUCGCCUGCACAACAGCAGCAGCAGCAGCCACAGCCACAACAACAACAACCACAAUCAACCCCACAACCACAAUCACAAGCCAGAUCACCUUUCGAAAACCCCAGCGAACACGCGCAGCCACGCACAGCACUCGUUGACGAUCUCCUCGGCGACUCCGAUGUACAGCAGACAAAGCUACACGAGGACGCAGUGGCGGCUGAAGCAGCGCGAGGGCAGCUAUCCGCGACGGACCGCGCGUUGUCCGACUACCAAACACGACGUGCGGAGCUAGAGCGGCUUGUGGAGGCGGGAGAUGCAGAGCGCCUUAAUCUAGAGCAUCGACUGAGCAACGCGCAUAAAGCGCACGACACAGAAGCGCACCUCGUCAGUGACCUACAGGUUAAGCUGACGGAAGUUACCGCCGAGCGCCGCCGCCUCGACCAUGAGCUCAUCAGCGCAGAGAGUGACGUUUCCGCACUGAAAGUCGAGAGAGCUGAACUUGAGACGGCUUACAUGCGCGAGAAGGAGGAGGCUAGAGUGGUCAAAGCCAAGGUGUUGGAGAUUAGUAAACAUACGACUGAUAUGCGUCAGAGCUUGUCCGAGUUGAGAGAGACGAAGGUGGUGGCUCAUGGCGAGAAUGAGGAUGCAGUGGAGCAGCUUAGAUUGGCAGAAAGUGAUAGGGAUUUGGCUGCAGAUGAGCUCAAGAGGUAUAGUAAUGUCGAUCCGGCUGUCGCUCUCCCUCCGCCUGGUGAUGAGGAGUUGGAUGACACGCUCAAGGGGAUUGAAGACUCUAGAGUUCAUCCAAGCGUUAAGGCUGAGGAUUUGGACACCCCAGUGGCUAUGGAUGAGCAUGCAGCAGAUGCAACUGAUAGGUCCGAUAUAACAACCGCAGCAAACGUAAAAGAUACAACAGAUGCAACGUCAACUGCAGAAAAUCUAGACGACAAGAAUCUCUCGCCGGCGCUUGAUAUGGCUGCUGCAACCGCCCUCCCAAUCAGUCCAGACAGCGAAGCUCAUCAUGAACACCAAGACGUCUCAAGCGUCUUGAGCCCUGCAUCAGCCAAAUCAACAAACCCAUUCGAUAGCCUCACUCCCUCAGCUUCUGCGACUACCGCGAUAAAAGACGAGGAGGCAUUCAAAGGUACACGCGCUCAAGAUGAUGAAUUGGUAGAUGAGGAUCCGUUCGCUGGAGCAGGUGGCCACGAUGAGUAUGACGGUGCUCAUGAUGCUAAUGAUACUCGCGAUAGUCAUUUGACUGACAUGAACGCUGCCGCUGAGGUGGAGUCUGAGUCUAACAAAGGCACUGGAAUUGCUUUGACACCUUUCCAAGAUCAAUUCAGCAAGAUGGGUGUGGAAGAAGGUGAAAACGAGCCCAGAGUAGUCAAAUCAGAGGACGCUAAUGAUGAUGCUAAUUUGAAGGCAAGCGACAAGAUAAACGUAAAUGAAUCUGCACCUGUGUCCGUUUCUGAUUUCGAUGAUGCUUUUAGGGGAUUCGAUAGCAAUAGCAAGUCAGACAAGGCGAAUAUGGACAACUCUAGAGCAGCUUUCGAUGAGAGCUUUGCACCGGCUGCGUCGACGGGAGCGUAUGGGCAUUCAUCUGCUACAGACUCAUCGCCAUUUGAUAGCUUCACACCAACAGCGUCAACAGCUGAGAUUGUACCACCACCUGCUGCUGAGAAGCACGAUGUCUCAUCACCAUUUGACAGCUUCACACCACCUCCUACAACCACAACCACAACCACUCACUCUAAAGGAAAGGAACGUGGUGAUGUCUCAAGUGAUGACGAUGAGGGACCAGAGGAAUUACCAGAGUUGUCAGCACAACCACCUAAUCUCAAUCCUAACAAAGAUGAAUUCGAUGAUGCUUUCGCGUCAUUCCCAACGGAUACAUCUGCAUCUGCACAGAAAGAAUCAAGCAACAAAAAUCCAUUUGAAGCUAUGAUGGGAAGUGGGGCAUUUGAUAAGAAUGAGAAAGAUGAUAAAGAUGAAGAUGAGUUUGAUACUUCAUUUGGUGAUCUACCUGCUGCUCAAAUUGCGGCUGGUAACGUUAAUGGGGAUCAGAAUGACUUUGAGAAUGAUGAGGCCUUUGAUUUCGUCGCUGAUUUCGAUCAACCUGGUACAUCUAACAAGGCAGCUCCAAAUAAAGCAUUCGAUGAUUUUAGCGAGACAUUUAGCGUCAAAUCACCAGGCAGUGAGCAGGCAGAAAACACAGCCAAGCCAAAUCUGCCGCCGCGCCUUAAUGAACCAGAGGAUGAUGAUAUAAAGCAGGUAAAGCAGUUGGUCAAUAUGGGUUUUGAUAGACCACAAGCCAUUGAAGCACUUGAGCAGACGGGCUUUAACGUGGAGAAGGCAUUGAAUAAGCUACUUAAAAGGGUCACCAUCAACUCCACCAAACCAACUCUGUUUGAGAGGAGAAUGCAGCCGAACAACGCUAGCGGCAGCGACACGGUUAAGAAUCCGCGUGUGACUUUACCACCAUUACCUUCAGAAAACAUGAGCAACUCGAAUAACUUGAGUAGCACUUCAAAUACCCGAGCUCUAUUCCCAAGAACUCCUUUCCCUGGACACAGCCUGGGUGAACGCACUCCACUACUUAACCCUCCUAGCCCUGCUCCUAGUUACCUUGGUUCAAAAACCCUCGGUAAAGCUAUUAGCAGACAAGCCAACAAAUACAAGCGCGGAUACGAUGACUUUUACGAGAAUGAUAUGGUCGAAUCUGGCAAAGGUGUUCGCACAUACGCUCACACUCACACUUCAAUUGAUUACAUCCACGAUAAGGUUAAGGAGGGCGUAAGGCUUAGGCGCUUGCUUAGAAAGAAAGGUAUCCGUGGAUUCAUUUACAAGUCUUUCGAUAGAGCACAGGGCUGGAUUGCUGUUACUAUAAUAGGAAUAGUUACAGCCAUUAUCGCUUUUUCAAUAGUACGCACGGAAUCAUUCCUGUUCAGCUUUAAAUCAGGCUAUUGCUCAUCAUCUUACCUCCAAUCCAAGCAGUUCUGCUGCGAUAACAACUAUACUAUAAACCAAGACAACAACGUUAUCUCACUCUUCUCAACGUCGACAGAUUGUCCAGACUGGAUAAGUUGGGAGGAAAAACUUGGAAAGCGCUCGGCAAGAUUGGCUAAUAUGACACUAGCUGUCGGAUUUGCUUUUAUAUCAUCCGUCAUCACCGUCUACAUUUCUGCAUCCGAUGCUCCUUGGGUGAACAAUUCGAGCACGGCACACCUAGACGCAUAUCAUCACGCCGCUUCUGGACGCAGGCAAUCAACUUCUACCCCUUCUCCUGCCUCAAUUGUACCGCAACCUUCUUUAAGUUCUCACAGGGACUCCAUCAGCAAUUAUCUCUACAGUAAUGACGCAAAUAAGACAGCUUCAUUACAUUCACGCUCGAUUUCAAGAAAGUCAAGCAGCGAUGGGGGUAAUGAGUCUUCUUCGAGCGACCUUGAGGAAGAAUUGCUCGCACACAGCGACCCGGGUGGUGCUCAGUAUGAUACAAAUAACCUACAAUCAAAACCUACAGCUGAGAAAUCUCAAUCAGGCGAUGUACAAGCUUAUCCAGUUAUGUACUUCGCUGCUGGAAGCGGUAUACCAGAGAUGAAAGCAAUCCUAUCCGGCUUUGUGAUAAGAGGGUAUUUGGGAGUUUGCACGCUAUUCUGCAAAUGUAUCGGGUUAGCUUUCAGUGUAGCAUCUGGGUUGAAUUUAGGAAAAGAAGGUCCCAUGGUUCAGAUAGCCGCUUGUGUUGGAAACAUAACUUCAAGAUUCAUACGUAAAUUUGAAACAAAUGAAGCUAAAAGAAGAGAGCUUAUUUCGGCCGCUUGUGCUGCAGGUGUGAGUGUUGCGUUUGGUGCACCUAUCGGUGGAGUUUUAUUCGCGUUGGAAGAAGUCUGCACUUAUUUCCCACCGAAAGUUAUGUGGAGAGCUUUCUAUUGCGCCAGUUUAGCAGCAGUUACUUUGAAGUUCUUGGAUCCUUUCGGAACGGGCAAGACUGUUUUGUUUCAAGUCACUUACGAUCAGGAUUGGAAGUUCUUUGAAUUGCCUUUCUUCUUUGUUAUAGCGAUAGCAGGGGGUAUCUACGGUGCAUAUUUCUCAAAGUUUAACAUUUGGUGGGGAAAAAACGUUAGAAUGAGGACGGCAGUCAAGUCACAUCCAAUUGUCGAAGUUGUUCUUAUUACCUUGAUCACAGCUGUCAUAUCAUCAUACAACCCACUAACUGAGAUGGGAGGUACAGAAUUAGUCUCAACGUUGUUAAGUGAAUGCCCAUCCAAAACGUCUGGUAAGAAACUCAAAGGUAUAUUUGCGACACUCUGUGCAAAAGAAGGACAGGCACCUUGGAGUAUACUCAAGACGAUCUCACUAGCUAUGAUUAUUAAAGGUGUGCUGACUGUAGUCACAUUUGGAAUGAAGUUACCAGCAGGGAUAUUCAUACCUACACUAGCUGUCGGUGCUUGUUUCGGACGUAUGGUUGGAUUAGUUGUCGAAUACUGGUCGAAAGUGAUGCCUGACUUGGCAAUAUUCAAUCAGUGCGUAGGCCAAGAGAAGUGCAUGUUGACGGCUAUCUACGCGUUGAUCGGUGCAGCUUCCGCCUUAUCUGGUGUCACGAGGAUGACAAUAUCACUUGUUGUCAUAGUUUGUGAGCUGACGGGUACGCUAAAUUAUGCCGUGCCAUCGAUGCUAUCAAUUCUGAUAGCCAAGACGUUAGCAGAUACUAUUGAGCAAAAAGGCAUAUACGACCAGUUAAUUGACAUGAACAGGCUUCCGUAUUUGGAUGCAAAGCAUGAAUACAAGUUUGGCAAAGAUUCAGUCACGGACGUCGCAACAAAGAAGAUACCAGUGAUAAGGAUAGACGUUGAGCAUUCAGUGUGUACGUUACUGGAUAAACUGGAUACCCUGGUCUUGAAAGGAUUAUCUGACUCAGGAUUUCCGUUGAUAAUUGAAGACGAAGGGGUGGUAAGACUGGUUGGAUAUAUAGCAGCGAAUGAAUUAGAGCACGCUCUAGAUUCACUCUCGCACAAUCCAACAGCAGGCGUGAGAUUCGCACAAUUUGACACGUUACAGAACAGCAUACUUACUCAAUCAACGAGUAAAUCGAACAACAAUAGGAAUCCUCCUAAGAGGUUUUCGACUGUUGUGUGUGAUGGUGCACCACUAUCUGCAAACCCGUACGACUUAUCGGCGUACUGUGAUCUCAGUCCUUUAGUAGUCAGACCAGAAGCACCAAUGGCUCUUGUGCACGACAACUUCUCAAAGCUGGGAGCAAGGCAGGUGUUUGUGGUUGAUUCAGUUGGUGGAUUGAACGGAGAAGACCAAUACAAGAACGACGAAUUUGUGCAAGGGGAUGAAGAAGCGGAUACCGCCGUCAAUGCCUCAGCUGAGGAUGAAAAAACAAUCAGCUCAGAACAGACCGGUGACCCUUCUGGUGAGGUUGAGGACCUCGACAACGGCGAAGAUGUCAGUGCGCUCAAGGGGCAGAGUGGACCUGCUAGUAACUUAAGAGGGAGUAGACCGCGGUUCACCAAUGACCAGGACAUGGACAAUCUAGUCGCAAAUGCGGAAAAAGAGGAUAUGGAAGGGCAGUAG